AAGCCUAUGAACAUGAAAGGCACACUAUGCAAGAUUUUUACCUCAAUAUAACAGCUUCGAAGUCAUUUCGAUGUAAACGACCUGGUAGUAUGGCGAAUCAUCCCGACAGCCAUUGACAGAACCAGCAACGCAAGUCUGAAAGGUGGCGUCCCGCCAAAUCUCGCGAGAAUCACGGAUUGCUUUACGGCGCGACGUCACAUACAUCAGCGACAUAAGAAGCAGCCUCAAUGGAAGACACUAGCAGGCUUUCACUCAGACGUGAAUCAUGGCAGAUUCGGCGAAGAAACCGAAGAAAGCGCGGUCGGAAGAGUCAAGGAAGAGGAAACGAGAAACGGACAGCGAGAGGAACCGGACCAGAGUCCCACUCGGUCAGGCUUUCUCUCGUUGGCGAGAGUUAAAGAGCAGCACAGGAUGUAACAGCGAUGCUCACCUCGCGUUCUUGUUGAUGGACUAUUACCAGCAUCAGAAAGUGACGUCUACACCCAGCAAGGGUCACAAAGGACCACCAAAGCCACUGGUGUCCAGUAUACAGGAGUCAGACCGUGAUCGGGAUGAAGAUUUCCCUGUACCUGAUGUCCAGCCAUUCAUCACAGAGACAGAAGAGGUUGAUGUUUUGGAAUCCAGAAUGACUGACUACACCUUGAAAUCCAGGAUGUGCUCCGUCUUCGAAUGUGAUUCGUGGCGUCGCAAGGUGCAACGGUUCAAGUUACCACAGGAUCCCGAGAGGAGACUGGAGUGGGUCCAGUUCCUGUUCGAUGUCAACGGACAGCGCCUCAAAGAAUCGUCCUGGACUGAUAUCACCAUCUGCUGUGAACACUUCACUGCUGACUGCUUUGUACAGCAGACUCCGGAGACGGCCACAGUCCAGCUGAAGUCCAGUGCUGUCCCGUCACUGUGUAUCAAAUCAGAGCCGGAUGAAUCUGAGCCUCCUCAGGAGCCUGUGGAAACCCCAGAAGUUGACCCUCAGUGUGAUCAACCUAAAACAUGUGAUAGUCCAUCUUCCUAUUCUGAUGAAUCAGGACUGAUUUCAUUCGCUGCCGGAGAAAGCCCAGUGCCAAGUGUUACUUCAGAUGGUUUCAUGUCUGAUUAUGGACAGAUGCUACAAAAUAUUGUGAACAUUGAUAUGAUCAGAGAAAAAGCUGCACUUCUACAGAUGAAAGGGAAGUACGUCGUGAAUGAAAACCGACUCCUCCAGUUGUUCAGCCGCAAGUGUCCGUUAUGUGGUUCUAAGGUAAAGAUGGAGAAGUUCACCUAUGGGGUGCUCAUCAUCUUGAACCAACAGUGCCUUCAGUGUGAGUACAGGAACCAGUGGAAAAGCCAAGUCAACGCCAGCGUCCCAGAUCAACACUCGAGAGGAGGCAUAGAUGUAACUCCAGAGACGCAACAGACAGUGUCAACAGAUGUCAACCACAGCACUACCACGGGGGUCUCUGACAUUGUUGCUGUUAUUGUUGAGAAGAGCGAUCCCACGGAUGAAACGGAGGAAUCGGGCGAUGAAGGUGAAAUGGAUUCAGACGAGGAUUGGAAGCCAACGAGUGAGAGUUUAAUAGACAACCAGCUUCACAAUGAUGAAUCUGAUGAGGAAAGCGAAAGCGAAAAUGAUUAUUAUCUUCCAUUUGCCCACAAACACAGUCAGCUCUGCACAGAUUGUGGGAUGUUUUUCAAUAAACAGAAGCCUCACACGUGUGAACAUAUAAUUAAACCCUUUUCCUGCAAUAUUUGUGGGAAGAGAUGUGUUAGUGAGGUCGCUCUAAAUUCUCACAGCAGGGUCCACGAUGAAAACUAUGAGCACCCGUGCAAAUACUGCCACGUUACAUUCAAAACCAAGGUGGACAAACGCACACAUGAGCAGACUCACCUCAUUGAGGGAAAGCCCUAUAAAUGUCCCGACUGUCCAGAGACAUUCGCCACAUACAAGGAACGCAGAAUCCACCUGGAGGAUCACAGAGGCCCCCAGCAGUCAAAGUGUGACAUCUGUGGGAUUGAGUUUUACCGCGUCCUCGCUCUCCGGAGACACUUAGCUGUGCACACAGGAGCGAAGCCGUUCAAGUGCUCAGUGUGCCAACGUGGCUUCAAACAGGCAAGCCACCUGAAGUCCCACAUGCGUCUGCACACCGGAGAGAGGCCUUACAAGUGUCAGCAUUGUGACAAAUGCUUCAAUCACAACGUGAGCUUGAAGAGUCACGUACAGCGUUACCACUCGUCCAAUUCUGGACGUGAACAGAAAACGAUCAAUCAAAGGGAAAGUGACGCUGCUGAUGCUGAGAGUAACGGGAACAAGAGAGGCGCAGAUUCAGGGCUUGAUAAUGUAGAGGAGGAGCAGGAUACAGAAGAGGAGGAGCAGGAGGAGACAAUACAUACCCCUAAAAAGAAAAGGAGCUCAGGUAGACCCAUAGGAAGGCCGAAGAGAAAUGCAGCAGGCAGCUUGGUUCUGGCAGAGGAAACGCAAGGUCAGUGUUCAAACACAAAGACUGGCGGAGCAAAGGAGCAGAAGUUAAAGAGAACCCGCUGCAGCGAUGAAGAGAUUGAGGGCGAGCUGAUCGAAAGCGACAUAUCCUUUGAGUCGGAAGAAAGGAGCGAGAAAGUGACAUCGAACACGUCAAGAGGGAGGGCAAAAAAUUCUGACAGUGACUCAAUUUUUGAGCCCGAAAACUCACCGAAAAAGAGGUGCAGCAGCAAGAGGAGUGGGAAGGGCUCGGGGAAGCGCAGAGGAAGACCAAGAAAGAAUCAAGUAAUUGAAGACACAUAAAAACACAUUGAGCUGGAAAAACAAAAACAGUUACCGAGUUGAGCAUUUAGUAAGAGAAAUACACUUUCGAGUGUCAUAAGGUCUUCCGUGACGUUUCACAUGCACACUGGAGUGUUUUCUUUGCCUUUUACUGUUAACACAUACAUGGUGUUAAGUGCCUGUGUUGUAAAUAUUCAGUAACUCCAUAAUAGUUUCAUUUACUGUAUAUAAACAUCGGAUGUGUUCAUUGGCGAAAGGAUGGAUGGUAUGUGCAUAUUCUGCUUUAUUAUACAUGUCUCCCGGGAAGCCGUGACAGCAUGGCCGUCAUUCGCAUGCACAAUACCAGGUCCUGAAAUUAAAGCAUCUAAAUAUAUAAACUUUAUUACGUUUAUACCUUCGCUUUUUCUGCUGUGACAUGUCAGAAUGCAUUUUGGCUGCUGUGUUUGCGACAUCCAAAUUAAACUCUUGAAAACUGAA